UGAUCAUCCGCUCCUGAGGCAGCCGUGGAGACUGAGUUCCGCCAUGGAAGAGAGCUUGCUAUUGCCAAAAUACAGAGAAGAGCAACAACGAAGCAGUAGAAAUUCAAGCAGUAGUAGUAGUUGUCUAACAUGGGUUUCUUUUUUUGAAGAAGUAAAGCGGUUGGGAUGCAUAGCAGGACCAAUGGUUGCUGUGGUUCUAUCCCAGUACAUGCUGCGGUUUAUUUCAAUGAUGAUGGUUGGUCACCUGGGUGAACUUGCUCUCUCCAGCUCCUCCAUAGCCAUCUCCCUCGCCGGCGCCACCGGCUUCAGUCUUUUCUUGGGAAUGGCAAGUGCACUGGAAACUUUAUGUGGGCAAGCAUAUGGAGCAGAGCAAUAUCAGAAACUUGGACUUCUAACGUACACUGCUAUAUUUUCUCUCAACAUGGUUUGUCUUCCUUUAUCUUUGGUAUGGAUUUAUAUGGAGGAGAUACUGAUUUUCACCGGUCAAGACCCUGCGAUUUCUCGCGAAGCCGGAAAAUACAUAAUCUGGCUUAUUCCUGGUCUAUUUGCUUAUGCAACUCUUCAACCGCUGAUUCGAUACUUUCAAACACAGAGUUUAGUAAUGCCUCUGCUCGUAACCUCUUUCGCCACCUUUUUAUUUCAUAUUCCUCUCUGCUGGAUUCUAAUAUUCAAGUCUGGAUUAGAACACCUUGGAGGAGCAUUAGCAAUCGGCAUUUCCUAUUGGUUGAAUGUGAUUUUUCUUUGGUUAUACAUGAAGUUUUCCCCUGCCUGUUCAAAAACUCGUGCUCCAAUUUCGAAGGAUAUAUUCCAUGGAAUUGGAGAAUUCUUUCGCUUUGCCCUCCCUUCUGCAGUAAUGCAAUGCCUUGAGGGGUGGUCAUUCGAGCUGCUUAUAUUGCUGUCUGGACUUUUACCAAAUCCGGCUCUUGAAACCUCAGUUCUAAAGCUCGUGGUUAUUCUAAUUGAUUGGUUGGACAGUCUUCUGGCGAUUUCAACGGUCUAUGCAAUACCAUAUGGGUUUGGUGCUGCAGUAAGUACUAGAGUUUCAAAUGAACUGGGAGCUGGUAAUCCACAACAUGCUCGUAUAGCUACUUUUGCUGCGAUGUUUCUUGCAGUUGCAGAGACAAGUAUAACAACCACGACCCUCUAUGCCUGCCGGAAAGUAUUUGGUUACACUUUUAGCAACGAGAAAGAAGUCAUCGAUUACGUCACAGUCAUGGUCCCUCUAGUUUGCCUGUCUGUCAUACUAGACAGUAUGCACGGGGUCCUUUCAGGUGUUGCUAGAGGAACUGGGUGGCAGCACAUAGGGGCUUACAUCAACCUUGGAGCAUUUUAUCUUUGUGGAAUCCCCGUUGCUAUCGUGUUGGCUUUCUGGACACAGCUAAGAGGAAGGGGCCUUUGGAUUGGUAUACAAGUUGGUGCUUUUGUGCAAGUUAGUCUGCUCGCUUUAGUAACAAGUUGUACAAAUUGGGAAAAGCAGGUUAAAUCCUCGACCCUAACUCGAUCUUCUCCACAUUCAUUUCCAAAAUUCUCUGUUUGGUUGCCAAGAAGUCGGGAGGAAAGAUGAAGAACAUUUUCUCUUACGAG